AUGCAAUUUCUCACCGUCGUCAGCCUUCUCCUUGUCGCCGUUACCCAGGUCGCGGCGGCCCCUCCUCCCGCUCUGGAGGGUCGAGACUAUGCGCUUUGCUGCUACAUACAAUCACGAAGUAUUCUUGCCAUGUGGGUUCAAAAUCGGCGUUGCCUUCCGAAUAGACGUCAACGUAUGCAAUGUCAUGGAUCUCAUGUCGAUGGGUCUACGCCUCUUAUUGAGACAUUAUGGGGGCAUUUGAGACUAGCCAGUGAUGCCAGUGAUAGGCGUCAAGCUGAAGACCAACACUCUUGCGAUUCAGAGCUAUGGGAAUGA